AGGCGGAGCUCCGUAAACUACAAAUAAAAUGGCGUCCGGUAAGGCGAAGUUCUUCACUCGACUCCUCAAAUUUCAGCAUAUGGAAUUUGACUCAGCACUCCAGCAACUGGCCUGGGCAAUCGUAUCACCUAAAAAGCUAUAUCGCCACCAUGAAGCCCAAUACAAAACAAGAGAGAGCUGGUCGCGGGACGAUCCUGCCUUCCUAGUCUGUAUAUGUGGAUUCCUAUUAGCAUCUACACUGGGUUACACCAUAUUCCUCAGACUAGGUAUAAUUGGAUUCUUUUUAACGUGUCUUUGGACAAUAUUAGUGGACUGUAUUAUCACUGGAUUAAUUGUAGCUUCAUUAUUAUGGCUACUGACUAAUAAUUUCCUGAUGAAACCUAACUCACGUGAGAAGGUUCAAUGGAGCUAUUGUUUUGAUGUCCAUCUCAACUCAUUUGUACCUCUGGGUCUAUUAGUGUUUGGAUUACAAAUGCCACUGAUUGGAGUACUACAACACAGAACACUUCUAUGGACAAUAGUGGCUAACAUAAUGUGGGUCUGUGCCCUAUCCAGUUACAUAUACAGUACCUUCCUGGGCUACUCAGUUAUGAGUCAACUUCGCAAUACAGUAAUACUGCUAUUUCCGGUGCUGUUGUUCCUUACUGUGGGCGUGGCCUCGAUACCUCUUAAGUGGAAUUGCAGCACAAUUUUUGCAGCUUAUCUUCGAUCAAGAAUUGGACAAUAAAAGACUUCGUUUUGUUUUCUCUCUCCCUCCUCUCUCUAUCUUUUCUUAUGCAAUCAAUAAACGUAUAAUUAGCAUUUUCUUUCUUUUUUAAAAAUUAGGAGUAUCAUUUAAAAAAAA